AUGUAACUGACAUGGCAUGAGCCGCGGGAGCCUGUGGGGGCAAGAGAAAUGUUCUUCUCCAUUCAUCUGAUUUCUGACAGCAAAGGGGCGAUGCCGGCCGGCGGCCGGGCGCUGCUGGCGCUGCUGGCGCUGGGCUGCGCCGCCGCCGCCCGCCCGCCCGCACACAACGACUUCCCCGAGCGGCGUCCGCCCGGCCCGGCUCCAGCCUGUCCCCGCGACUGCGGCUGCACCCAGGAGGGCGUCGUGGACUGCGGCGGCAUCGACCUGAAGGAGUUCCCGCUGCAGCUGCCCGAGCUCACCAACCACCUCUCCCUGCAGAAUAACCAGAUAGAAGAAAUCUUUCCAGAAGAGCUUGCUCGGCUUUACAGACUAGAAACUCUCAAUUUGCAAAACAACAGGCUGACUUCAAAAGGGUUGCCAGAGGAAGCAUUUGAGCAUCUGGAGAACCUGAAUUACCUGUACCUGGCAAACAAUAAGCUAACAGUGGCUCCAAAAUUCCUACCAAACACCUUGAUCAGUGCAGAUUUUGCAGCCAAUUAUCUCACUAAGAUCUAUGGGCUCACUUUUGGACAGAAACCAAACCUGAGAUCUGUGUAUCUUCACAACAACAAACUUUCAGAUGCUGGGUUACCUGAUAAUAUGUUCAAUGGCUCUAAUAAUGUGGAGAUACUCAUCAUGUCCAGCAAUUUCUUGAAGUAUGUUCCAAAGAAUCUCCCUCCAGCACUAUAUAAAUUACACUUAAAGAACAACAAGCUGGAGAAGAUUCCCAAAGGAGCCUUCAGUGAACUUACAGGUCUGCGGGAGCUGUAUUUACAGAAUAACUACUUGACUAAUGAAGGAAUGGACAAUGAAACCUUCUGGAAAUUGUCUAGUCUGGAAUAUCUGGAUUUGUCCAGCAAUAACCUCUCACAAAUCCCAAGUGGUUUACCUCGAAACAUCGUCCUCCUUCACCUGGAGAAGAAUGCAAUUAAAGUGAUUGGCAGAGAUGUCUUGACCCAAAUUAAGAACCUGGAGUAUCUUUUGCUCCACAAUAACAAAUUAAAAGCCCGAGGUAUUCACCCAUUAGCCUUCCAGGGCUUAAAGAAGCUGCACACUGUCCACCUGUACAACAACAUGCUGGAAAGGAUUCCCAGUGGGCUGCCCCGACGAGUGAAAACACUUAUGAUCCUUCAUAACCAGAUCUCUGAGAUUAACAGGAAUGACUUUGCUACCACUUACUUCCUGGAAGAGCUGAACCUGAGCUACAAUAAGCUCAAAAGUCCUCAGAUCCAUCGGGAGGCUUUCCGUAAACUAAGGCAACUAAAGUCCUUGGAUCUCUCUGGAAACAAUCUCCACACGGUGCCCUUUGGCUUUCCAAAGAACUUGCAGAUUCUGAAGCUGAAGGAGAAUGAGAUAAGCAUCAUCCCAAAAGGGACUUUGUCUGGGAUGACAAAGCUGCGGGAACUAUAUUUGAGCAACAAUAAACUGAAAGUGAAUUCAAUUUAUUCAAGAGCAUGGCAAGAACUCAGCAGUCUCCAGUCACUAGACAUGGCUGGCAACCAGCUGACUUCUAUCCCAUCAGACCUGCCAGAAUCUCUGGAGUAUCUGUAUCUUCAGAACAACAAGAUCACAACGGUUUCAGAGAAUGCUUUUGAAUCCACACCCAAAAUAAAGGGGAUUUACCUCAGGUUUAAUAAGAUUGCUGUUGGAGCACUGAAGGAAAGUAUCUUCCAAAACCUAAAGCACUUACAAGUCCUGGAUAUUGAAGGGAACCUUGAAUUCAGCAACAGUUCAAAGAAUAAGGAUGACUCAGAAGAGGAAAUGGAAGAUGAGGAAGAGGAAGAAGAACUGAGAUAAAAUAUGAAUUCACACAAUCACAUCAUGUGGCAGGAAAGCAUAUGGAAAGUUACAUAUAUGUCUAUGUGUAGAUAUCUAUACAGAUAUACAGAGAACACUUAGCAAAACGUGCAAUGAAUUACGCAGAAACUGUCAUGGCACUGGGCCAGGCUUAUGGAAGACAAUGUGUUACAGUGCCUUAUUCAGGGAGAGACCCUGAAUGCCUUUCCAAAGCUUCCAAAUCAUCUUAUACAAGACCCAGGAUCAUAAGGGAUUGCUCUGGAACUCACAAAAGCUGGCUUUUGUUUCUUCUGUUUCUCUUCCUUCACUGUUUCCAUCUGUAAUAACAAUAUGGGACUGUUUUGAACACGUGCCUUCAAAGGCUGUUUUUGUCACUGCAUUUUAAAUGAACCAUGUAUAUGCUUCUUUUCUUUUUCUCCACCCCAAAGAAGCUGUUAUUGAUCAGGAGAGAUGGAUAUUUGCAAUAGUUUAAUGUGUGGAGCAGUGUAUGAGGCAUUUUGGCCAUCAAGCAGCAGUAAUAAUUCUGGAUGCAACUCUGUUAUAACAAUGUGUAUAUUUGGAUGAGAAAAACAAAGUAAGGCUGGAUCCCAUAAUAUUUUAUCUCUACUGCCAAAGCCUGCAGUAUAUGCCUGUUUUAGAAAGGUUUUAAGAUAAAACAAUUGCUCUUGUGAAUAUAUAUAUAAAAUCUGUAUGUCUGCCUUCCAGAGCUCUGGUAAAGUUUCUGUCUUGCUGUU